AUGGAGUGCAAGUGGCGUCCCCAGCAACGUCCAGGAGUCCAAAGAAGACAAGCCUCCACCGCUGAAUCACUUUCACAAACUCUGGAACAAAGUUUGUCACCAACGGAUACAUCGCCGGGAACGUCCGUGUUCCAAUCGGGUCAUGCAGUGGACGAAGUAUUCGAUUAUGCAAGUUUCAUGUGGGAUUAUGGGGACUUUUGGCAACAAGCUUCACCUGAAAUGCACCAGAAUCAGGGGUUUGAGGCACCCAUGCUGACUGCUCAAUCGCAGGUUGCAUUCCCGGACAGGACGACGUUAGCAACAUCAUUUCAAGCACCCUCAACAAUACACAGCAAUGAUAGCCGGGGGACCGAUGCUAGGGACGGCAGCGAAAAACUGAUGGAUUUCUUUGCCAGCUCUGUCAAUCCGCCUAUCAUUGCCGAAGUUGAGACCCAAAAGAAAUGGAUUUCGAUGCGACAAAUUGUCAUCGGAAUGGCCAACGUCUCCCCUAUGGUUCGUCACGCAAUCAUGGCCUUUUCGAACCUUCUACUUUCUAGGAAAGAUGGAAACUGGACUAUGAGCGACGAAGACCAUUACCAGCAAGGUGUUACGGAAAUUAGAAGCCAUGAUGGCGUGUCCAUGUCCGAACACACCCGUGAACGCGAACACCUCCUUGCCGCCCUAUUCUUUCUCAGUUAUAUCGAUAUUCUGGAGAGUCGUCUUGAUGCUGCCCACUCGAACCUGAAGCGUGCUUACACACUCUUCCAAGCGAGUAAUAAGCACGGGUUGACACAAGUGGAAAAGCAGUUGCUCCUCUGGAUACGGUUACUCGAUGGUCGGGCGGUAUCGGCGGGUGGUGACGGUCUGUUUCUGACCAAAGACGACGAAGUUCUUCUCGUAGAAGCUUCUCCCGCAAGCUUCGAUGGGGAGCCUGACGACGUUUCGAGAAAUGACCCCGCGGAAGAUAUCGAGGACGUGCUCUUCCAGGUGCUAUAUCAGCCUGGCGUUGUGUUUUACCAAAAAGUUCAAAGCUUUAUGGGCAGGAUAUCCAAGAUCGAUCCAUGGCAUCGAUCGCGAGGUACGGUUGAGGACGAAAUCGAGGUUAUGAAUAUCGGUACCGUCAUAGCGGCUGAUCUACGUACGCUGUAUGAACAUCGACCGCCGCUGAUGGACUAUGCCGUCGCAGGCAAGUUGACGCAACCUCAUGUCUCGAAACACCUAGCCUUUGUCAUCACACGAGCUUUCCGAACAUACCUGUCGAACUAUUACGCCAGCAAGGUUCAUCUUCAUCGUGUAGCCUACAAGAGUCUACCUCUGACAAAAGAGGCAUCCGAAGCUCUGGACCAGAUCCGAAAGCUCGCUCGGCAAAUUGUAGCUGCAUUGGAUGCCGACGAUACACUCCCAAUCAAUAUGCUAUGGCCUCUUUUGAUGCUAGGCGUGGAAGAGCAAGACGCUAGCGAAAAGGCUUGGAUUAGAACGCAGAUUCUCAGAAUGGAGAAAGUUGCUGGCAACGCACGCAUCACGGCGCAAGUACUGGAAGAGGUCCAGGCUCGGCAAGAUGCGGCCAAGGCACGCAUGGACAUCCGGUCUGUAAUGCAUGAGGUCUUCAAUUCGAGUUUUGCCAUCGUCUGA